GCGGAGCCAAGCUAGGCCUAGGCCAGGCCGAAUGGGGGCCGCCCUUCGUUGCCCGCGGGGAGAGCUUCAGCGAAGCAUGGCGACGUUCGUGGAGCUGAGCAGCAAGGCGAAAAUGCCCCUCUUCGGGCUCGGCACCUGGCAGGCGUCUCCUGGAAAAGUCAAAGAUGCCGUGAAAUAUGCCAUUGACCUUGGAUACCGCCACUUUGACUGUGCCCGCUUUUAUGAGAAUGAGAAUGAAAUUGGGACUGCAAUCCAGGAGAAAAUCAAAGAAGGUGUUGUGAAACGGGAAGAACUCUUCAUUGUCAGCAAGCUGUGGUGCAGUUUUCAUGAGAAACCCCUAGUGAAGAAAUCGUUCCUGGAUUCCCUAGCUGACCUGAAAUUGGACUACUUGGACCUCUACCUGAUGCACUUUCCCAUGGGAUACAAGGCUGGAGAGGCUUUAAAACCUGUGGAUGAGAAGGGCAUGGUCAUCCCCAGCAACACAGAUUUUCUGGACACCUGGGAGGCAAUGGAGGAGCUGGUCGACUGUGGGCUGGCGAAAGCCAUUGGCAUCUCCAACUUCAACCACUAUCAGAUUGAGAGGCUUUUGAACAAGCCCGGGUUAAAACACAAGCCUGUGAAUCACCAGAUUGAGUGCCACCCGUAUCUUACCCAGGAGAAGCUGAUCCACUAUUGCCAUUCCAAAGGGAUCUCUGUGACUGCUUACCGACCUUUCGGCGCUCAUACGCUCAAGCCAGGGGACCCGAUCCUUUUGGAGGACCAGGCGGUGAAAGAGAUCGCUGCAAGGCACCACAAAAGCCCAGCUCAGGUUCUGAUCAGGUUUCACAUCCAAAGGAACCUGGCUGUUGUCCCCAAGUCAGAGAAACGUCACCGUUUGGAGGAGAAUUUCAAGGUCUUUGACUUUGAACUGACUAACGAGGACAUGGAAACCCUUCUUGGCUUGAACAGAAAUUGGAGGGAUUGUAUUAUGCUUCCCGCCAUCAAUCAUAAAGAUUACCCCUUCCAUGCUGAUUACUAGCGCUGAUGCUGCUUUGGAAUCUCUGGAUGUAGUAGCGCUGGAUGUGGGAAUCUCUGGGACUUUUGCGUUGUGAAACUUUACUGCCUGGUGGUACCUGGUGGUUAUAAAUCAGCAAUAUUCCAUUCCAAAGAAGGGAAACAUAGACGAAAUGGAAUUGGCAACAGAGGAAAAGAAUUGACAGAAACAACAUAAAUGGGGAAUGUUGGAAAAUGCUCCCAUCCUAUGUUUUUUUGAUGGUGAACCAGAGACC